CAGGAAACCCCCAGUCACAGGAAAGCAAUUUAAGGAUAUAAGGGGGCCGGCCCUGCCACAGCACUACUCUGGCUCCACAAGAGUUAGCAGCAUAAUCGUCUCGCACACAGACCUGAAGAGACAUGUUUGCACUGCUACUCCAGAGCGUCUGGGACUGGCUCCUGACGCACGAUGCCUUGCUCAGCUCCCCCUUCUUCCCCGUGCUCUUCUCCCUGGGCACCUACCUGCUCUUCUGCCUGCCCUACGUGGCCCUGGACCUCCUGUCACCGCACGUGGAGCUUAUCCGCCGCUACAAGAUCCAGCAGAGGAGCCAUGUGCCGUGGGAGGUGAUGUGGAGCUGCCUGGUCCACUCGCUCUAUAACCAUGUGAUGUUCAUCUUCCCUCUAACGGUGCUUAACUGGUACUGGAGGAAAGUGAGCUUGCCGGCCGAGGCACCGCACCCGUUGAAGGUUGCACAUGACCUGCUGGCUUGUCUGCUGCUGUUUGAUUUCCAGUACUUCGUGUGGCACAUGCUGCACCACAAGGUACCCUGGCUGUACCGGACAUUCCACAAGGUGCAUCACAAGUACACCUCCACCUUCGUGCUGAGCACGGAGUACUCGGGCGUCUGGGAGACGCUCUCACUCGGCUUCUUCGCCGCCAUCAACCCUCUGCUCCUGGGCUGCCACCCGCUCACUGAGCUGCUGUUCUUCGUGCUCAACAUCGGGCUGUCUGUGGAGGACCACUGCGGAUACGACUUCUCCUGGGCCAUGCACAGACUGGUGCCGUUUGGACUUUUUGGAGGGGCAACCCAUCAUGACCUCCAUCACCUCAAGUUUAAGUCCAACUACGCCCCGUAUUUCACACACUGGGACAGACUGUUUGGGACUCUGCAUGAGGAUUAAGAAGGGCACUCGUGGGCAUGAAUGGCCCCAGUGACUUUUAUUCUUUUAUAUUAAAAGGAAGUACAAAGUGCUGGCACAAUUAUGAACUCUAUGAGCAGAAACCACCAAUUCUAACCAAAUCUUCUAUUUAUUCAAAAUGAUCUAUGUUAGAGUGAUUUGUUGCAAUUAUGAAAUGGUAUAUUUUUAUAUGUUUUUAAAUGGCUUAUUUAUUAUAAUUUAUGCCAAAUGUCCUGAAGAUGAGCACAACAUUGUUAAUGGUCACUGACCAUCGAUGGGCACUGAAGUGAUAAAUGUUAAUAUUGCUUCCAUUCAUAUGUUUCCAUUCAUCUGCAUAUGAAUGAAGUAAACCUGCCUUGAAUGUAAUAAAUUACUGUGCAAUACUUA